UGGAAAACUUGCCAGAUGAAGUAAUAAGACUAAAUUUUCGAUUUGAGGGUCUGACCUUCAUAGGCUGAGCUGUUUUACGAAUACCUUCAGAAAUUGUCACUAUCACACGUAAUAAAGUGGAUGGUUUAACAGCAUUGUGCAUUCUACUAAGACGGCUGGCAUAUCCAAACAGAUUGUGUGAUAUGGUCCCUAUGUUCCACUUGUCAACUCAGUCUUGUCACAAAUCAUAAAUAAAUUGAUAAGUGUGAUUAUGGAGGAGCAUGCUGUACUUCUCAACAAUUUGAAUUCAUUGCAGUGGUUUAAUAGGGAGAAGUUGGAGUAUUAUGCACAGGCUAUUCAUAAUAAAGGAGCACCUAUGAAUAAUUGUUGGGGUUUCAUCGAUGGUACAGCAAGGAAAAUUUGUCGACCCUCUGAAAAUCAAGAAGAGUAUUAUUCAGGACACAAAAGGUAUCACUGCAUAAAAUUCCAAUCAAUAAUUUGUCCUGAUGGAAUUAUUGUUAGUUUGAAAGGCGCAUAUCCGGGAAGAAGGCAUGAUGCCAGAAUAUUUAGGGAGUCAGGUAUCUCUGAAGAAUUAGUGCAAAAGACAUGUUUUGACACAGACGAUUUGUUUUAUUUGGUGAUCAAGGAUAUGGGCUGAGUGA